ACAAGUGAGAGCACCUGGAGAAAGAGGGACAGAGCAACAGAACAGAGAAGAGCAGAAGCCAGCGACGAAUCAGAGGGUAGAAGAAAGAAAGAAGACAUGGACCCGGACAUGGGCGAGAACUUCGCAUACUACUGGGAGACGCAGCGCUACCUCGAGUCAGAGGAGCUCGUUGACAGCAUCUUCGUCGGGGCGACCGAAGACGCCAUCUCGUACUACGACUCCAGCUCGCCGGACGGUUCCCACUCGUCCUCGACGCCGAUGGGGGCGGCCAUGCCAGGGGCGGGGAUGGGGAUGGGCGGCACUGGGGCGAACAAGAACAUACUGAUGGAACGCGACCGCCGCCGCAAGCUCAAUGAGAAGCUCUAUACGCUCCGGAGCGUCGUGCCCAACAUCACCAAGAUGGACAAGGCCUCGAUCAUCAAGGACGCGAUCGAGUACAUCCAGCAGCUGCAGGCAGAGGAGCGGCAGAUGGAGGCGGAGGUGUCCGCGCUCGAGUCCGCCACCGGCGCGGAGGAUGACUGCGACGGCGGCCUCUCCGUGGACCAGGUCUCCUCGGCGCAGAGGAAGAAGGUGAAGCGCGCGCUCUCGGUCUCGUCCAUGAACGACGCGCUGCUCGCCGCGGCGGCGACGGUGGCCUCGCCGCCCGUGGAGGUCCUGGAGCUGCGCGUGUCGGAGGUGAGCGAGAAGGUGCUGGUGGUGAGCGUGACGUGCAGCAAGCAGCGCGACGCCAUGACCAAGGUGUGCCGCGCGCUCGAGGAGCUCCGCCUCAGGGUCAUCACCGCCAACAUCACCUCCGUCUCCGGCUGCCUCAUGCACACCCUCUUCGUCGAGGUAGAUGAGAUGGACCGCUUCGAGAUGAAGGAGACGGUGGAGGCUGCUCUCUCGCAGCUUGACUCUACGGGGAGCCCGCCGCUUAGUUCGAUGAGCUAUUAGGGAUCACUGCUACGGUCACUAGUCGCUGGUCACCUAUUUUCACCUCACCUAGUCUCUCUUUUGCAAGGCCAAUAUUAUAUACGUAUAUACCUUAUGUAAUGUAUGCCAGAAUUUUGCCCCCUUUUUUGCAACACCCGUUUAUAUGUGUGGACGGAGGUGACUGCUUUUUUUAGUACGAGGCAAUAACUCAAGGGAUAGAUAAAUAGGCUAGGCGUGCUCUGGACCUCAACGUGUAAAGGUCUUCAUGAGCAUGGCAUGAUAUGCUUCUGGACUAUGACAUAUUUAUAGUGAUAAAUAACAAGGUGAUUACUUUA